GCGAGUGUAUACUGAGACAAACAGUAUAAACACAGAGACUGGGAAAGCCUUUUGUGGAAAGAUAGACCCUAUCAGGGCUUCAUAGGUCACAUACUGUCAGUGAGGACAUAGUUGGUAGCAAUGUAAUGACCGUGGAAAAGUCCUUACCCAGAAAUAAGACUUCAGUUGGUAUCAGAGAGUUUACACAGGAGAGAAACUGUUGGACCUUUUAAGGCAGUAACUGUGGCAGGGUUGUCAGUGGUACAUUCUGCCUCAUUGGUUGGCAGGGGAAAUCAUGUAGAAAUAAAACUCUGAACACACCAACUAUGGAAUGCCUUUGGCAAAAUAUCAGAAAAUGCAUGAAGCAAAUAAGCCCUGUGAAAGUGAAUCUUCUAGAGAUUUCUGUCACAAUCCUAACGUAAUCAUAUAUAAGAUUAUAUACAUAGUGUACAUUUUAGGACAGUAUACCUUGAAUCAAAUGCCUAGUUGAUACGUCAGUGACGCUUUAAAUCAAAGGAGGGUGUCUGUGUUGCACAUCAUUGAUUAAAGUUAUAAUGCAGUUCACCCCCCUCAUUUGGGGGACAUGGGUCUUCUUUUCCCAUCCAGGAUCAUUAUAUGGUUAAUUCUUGGAUUUCUUCAGUUCUAAAUUUAUUCAGUUUGUUAUUUCAGUCUACCAAAAGUCCUUCAGAAGGAAACUGAGUACAUUUAAUCUGAUAAUGUAACAUAGCAUGUUUGGAUAUGCUUAACUUUAUAAAUCUCACCUGGAGGAACAAAGCUCAAAAUUCAUGAAUAACCUAUCAGCCAAGCUCUUGCCCCAGAAGACAGUUCCCAUCCUGUAAACACACCACUCAGAAAAACUUUAACAACUGUUUCCUUGACCUGGUCCUGUCCUAGGACCUAUAGAUGAUGUCAGUGAUGAACUUAACAGAAAGUCCUUGCCGCCUUUGAGCUGGAAAUUAUUUUAAAGCUAGGUUUCAUGCCUAUAGCAAUUUUACCCUCUGGCAAAGAUAAUCGUUACAUUACUACAUUACAUUACUACAUUAGUUGAAAAGGACAUAUAGUAUAAGGAGCAAAGUAUCCUGAUAAUUUCCUGUUUAAGGGACGUAUCAGAGGGGGAAAGGAAAAGGAUUUACUUAAUUUUACGUAGAAAAAGGUAUGGAUACUUUUAAAAUUCUCACAUUCACCUAGAUUAUAAAUUCCUUGACAGUUUAUAGAUAAUUGUAUAUUCCCCAGCACAUAGCAAAAUAGGAAAUGAAUUAUAUGUAGAUUUGAAAAAUGAAUGAAGGCGAAUGAAUGACCUCAUGGACUACCAAUCAAAAUUAUUUUUGUCACUGAAGGAAAGGAGCUACUGGCAAGCAAUUCUCAGGCUCAGUAUUAUUCCAAGAAACAUUUGUUUCUUGAAUAGAGGCUCCUGUCAGACUAUAAAAAGGGCAGAUCAAAGAAGGACUAGGAUCCAUAGAAUAAGCCCAAUUAAUGGAAGAAAAUAACGUCACUAAAAAUGGAGGACUAGGGAGUUCCCUGGCGGUCCCAGUGUUUAGGAAUCGGCAGUUUCAACUGUUGUGGCCCAGGUUUGAUCCCUGGUCAGGGAAAUAAAAUCCCACAAGCCAUGCGGCACGGCCAAAAAAUAAAAUUAAUUAAAAUGGAGGAUGGUACGUGAGACAGGUGAUGGUGAGAUCCCUUUGAAUGUUUUGGAGAACAAGCCUUACAUUUGUGCACAGGCUUAUCACCUUUUACAGUUGCCGCCAUUUCAAAGAUCUAAGCUCCUCUGUAACUCAACGAAUUGAGACGUGAUUUAGCCUCAUCAUUCCUUCUCUCCUGGGACUGGGGCCCUUGUCGUCUAUUUCUAUUCCUAGGGUUCUUUCCCUUGAUCUGAUAAUGAUGUAUCCAGCUUAAAAACAGUGAGUCCUGCUUAUAAGGAAGAAAAAAAAAGUGGAAAUUUGCCAUGGAGUGGCUGUCCCAUAAUUGAAUUUCCAAACUCUGGUGUGUGAGUAACUCACUACAACAAAUAUAUUUCCUGAGCAUCGGCACUGUUGUAGACACAGGAUACGCUGGUGAACAAAACAUGCAAAGUAGUGGCCUUUCACAGGAUGGAUUCAGGACAGAUGCUCCUCAGCAAAGCAUCAGAAAUGGAUUCUUCUUCAACUCGGAGUGCAGCUCCCUUCCACUUCUUGUGAAUUGCACACCCUAUCAUGGCAGUCACGGCGUCUUUCCCAGUGAAAUCGUCCGUCUGGGUUCCUGAAUGGGCUCCCCAGGCCUGCCCUGAGGACCAGGUGCUGAAUUCAUCUUUCAGAGGUUGGCAUUCCAGGAUCGUGUUGUGACAGGAAUCCCUGACAUAUGACAACAUGGCUAUAAAGUUCACGUGGGAGGAGUGGCAGCUCCUGGACCCCAGUCAGAAGGACCCGUACCCAGAUGUGAUGCCGGAGAACCAUAGCAACCUGGUAUCUUGUGGGUGAGGACGUGUCCCCUGUGUCCCUCAGAGAAUCUUCAGUCAGUGGCCAUUUUUCUCAGCUGCUUAAUGCUUCAGUAUCUGCAAUGCUCUCAAGGAGUAGAUUCUCAGAUCCUUCUCUGCUCCAGACAAGUGUAUAAUGUUCCCUCUCCUGAGAGAAAAGCCUCUCCUUUGCAGAUGUGAAAACUUCCCUCAAAGGUAGCUUUCUCCCAUCUUGACAUCCUAGCCCAAUUUGAUGUGUCUAAGUCUUCUGUCGUUUCCCGUGGACAGGGUGUCAAGCCUGCAGACCAGAUGCAUCCUCCAAGUUGGAACGAGGGGAAGAACUGUGGCCAAUAGAAGAUGAAAACCGCAGGUGAACCUGUUCAGAAGUCAAGCAAGUUGACGAUCAAAGCGGAUGGAACAAUGCCAUGAACAUCAUGCCUUUGAAAAUACUGUUCAUCCAGCCCAAAAGCAUUUUCCUUUAAGGCAAAAUCAUGGAGAUUCUGCAAAUUUAAAUAUAGUAAAAUCAGAACAGAAGCUAUGAAAUAACCCUGUGGAGUGUAACAGAGAUGGGAAAUCCUUUCUCUUUAUAAAGCAUGAGCAAAUUCAUACUAAAAUUGCCUGAAAUUGGAAAACUCAGCAGCACUAAGGCUCAGUUCAUUAAGCAUCAGAGAGAUCGCAGAGUUGAGAAAUCCCAUGUAUGCAGUGAAUAUGGGGAAUCCUGCAUCAGGAAGCCUCGGCUCACUAAACAUCAGAGAAUUCACCUGGGAGAGAGAACCCCAUGGAUGCAGCAUACGUGGGAAAGCAUAUACCACAAAGUCCAGGCUCACUGAACACCAGAAAAUCCAUAAAGGAGAGAAACCUUACGUAUAUGCUAAAUGUGGCAAAGCCUUCCUCAUUGAAUCACGUCUCAUUUUACCUCAGAAAACUCAGACUGAAAAAAAAAAAAAAAAAAACUCAGACUGGAGAGAAACCCUCUAUAUAUAGAUUGUAGAAAUGGUUUCAUCCCGAAGGUCAGUUUCAUUGUACAUUGGAACAAAGUAUAGGAGAUGAAAAGAGGUAAGAUCCCCUUGGGGUGUACUUGAGAAGAAACCUUGUAUUUAUUUGUUCACAGGCCUAUCACCUUUGAGAGUUACCGACACUUCAAAGAUUCCAUCCCCUCUGUGACCUGCUCAACUAGACAUGUGAUUUUCCUUAUCUUUUUCAUUCCUUCUUACUCUUAUGAGCGGGGCUCUUAUCCCCUCUUCUUACCCAGAGUCUUUCCCUUGAUCUAUUAAACAUAUCCUGCUAAAAAACCUUGAGUCCUGCUUAAAGAACAAGAAAUGGAAAUUUGCUAUGCAGUAGCUGUCCUACAUUUCCAUCACAAACCCUGGAUUAUCGGGUAAAUUUACUCCAACAUAAUAUUUUUAAGCACCUAAACUUGGCCAUCUAAUAUUUAUUCAAUCCUGUAAUGUAGUCAUUAGAUAAUUGAGAACAGAAAAAUUUCAUGAUUGAUUUGCGUUUUACAAGGAUCACCUUGCCUGUUCUAUGAAGAUGAGAUCAUAUGGGUCAAGGAUAUAAGCAGGGACAAUUCUAGUAUCUCAGGUGAGAGAUUCGGCCAGCAUGGUAAUGAUGGUCCAGUGAGAGAAAAUGAAACUGACUUCCAGCUUUGACCUUUCGUUAUAUGACUUUUAUCAGGUGCUUUCUGAGACUUACAAGGUCCUAUGGGUUUGAAUGUAAUUGAAGAAAGUAGGUGAACCUUGCAUCUGUGCCACAGCGUGUGUUCUCAAGAUCUGUUUCCCCAGGGUGAAUGAGCGUUCUAGCUCAGGGCUGGGGUGAGAGGAGGAAGAGAAUAUGAGCUGGAGCAGGGCUAGAAAUGGGUAGCAGGCCUGUAAAUGGCUGGCAAAGACUUCUUGGUGACCUGAUGAAGAUGCAUAGGACUGUGGGAAAACCAGUUCUUUGAGGCCAUUUUAUUUUUUGCACACAAAUGUUCAUAGAAGUUCCACUGGCAGUAUCCAAAAAACUGGAAACAAUGCAAAGGUCCAUCAACUGGUGAAUGAUUAAAUUUUGGAAUAUCCAACAAUGAAUACUAAAGCAACAAAAAAGGAAGAACUAUUGAUACUUUAAAAAUGAUGAAUUUCAGGACUUCCCUGGUGGCCCAGUGGAUGAGACUCCACCCUCCCAAUACAAGGGGCCCGGGUUCCAUGCCUGGUCAGGGAACUAGAUCCCACAUGCAUGUCACAACUAAGAGUUCGCAUGCCACAACUAAGGAGCCUGCCUACUGCAACUAGGAGCCUGUGAGCUGCAACCAAAUAAAUAAAUUUUUAAAAAAUGAUUAAUUUCAAAACAGUCGUGCUAUGUGAAAGAAGCCAGCACAGACACUACUAAUUUUAUGAAAAGAACGCAGACUAAUCUGUAGUGACAGAAGGCAGUCCAGUGCUGCCCAGGAUGUAGCAGGUUUUGCAUUUGGGCUGGGUAAGAAGCACGGUUGGGAAAAGGCUCACACCGUCCACCGUUUCCGCUCACUUUGUGAUCGCUGCAUCCCCGGUACUGUCACUUUUCCAAACCUUGGUCUUCCCCAAACACUUCCACCUGCCAGUUCCACGCCGAGCUCCGCAGACAGCAUUUGCCCCGCAGUACGGACACCGAAUCUCCUCUAAGAUGGCCGCGUCCACGGUGCUCCUGCCCAACGGCGCAAACCCGAAACGGCUACAGCGCGCCGCCAGGUUUUUUUUUUUUUUUUUUGCCAAGCACGCUGAAGUUUUCAUACGGCCUCUAAAUCUUUUCGCAAUUAAACCAGUUAUCGAGGUGUCCAGACGCAAUUUUAAUUUCCCACGGAGCCGAGACGUCACAGCCGUAACAGCGGCUCAGAAUGUGCUCCUGCGCCCUUUCGGUCUUGAUGGGCUCCGGCCUUGGAAAAAUUUGCGCCGUUCACCGUCCACAAGCGGGCCCUGUCCAUUCAAACGAAUGUACCCCCACGUCAUGUUUGCCUUGUAUGAGCUCGAGCCUCUUAAAAUCUCCCCAUUUUCCUUUAAGGGGCUGAGGUACCAGGAAACAGGAGCGAUUUCAGCCGUGGUCUCUCAACGGCCGCCACGCCUCUGUACGUCAGGUGUGCAAAGAUGGCGACCCCAGGGCGCCGAGUCUGUGGUGGCGGCGCGGACGUAUUACCUCAUAAGGAAAAGCCGGAAACCCCCAACGCGUUCACCAUAGAAACGCGGUAGAAACGCCGCUGACCCUUGUCGGUUGGUCUCGGGAGAGAGGGCUGGGCGAGGGGACCAGAAGUAAAAGAAGUUUGGGGGAUAAAAUUAGGCCCUGAAGAGGUCGCUGCAGGUUCAGGAGAGAACCAGAUGGGUGCUAACAAGAGACAAGAUAUGAAUGAAGGAAGAGGAGUUUCCAGGACCUAGAUAUUGUUAUUUCUGGGGAUACUUUGGCGACUGGUAUAUCUAACUAGAAAUUUUGGUAUAUCCAGAAGAGACAAAGACAGAGCCUCUGCGUUGCCAGCUAUUUUCAGAGAACAGAAGAAAAUGAUCCAGGCCCAGGAAACCAUGUCAUUCAAGGAUGUGGCCGUGGACUUCACGUGGGAGGAGUGGCAGCUCCUGGCCCCUCUUCAGAAGGACCUGUACCGGGACGUGAUGCUGGAGAACUAUAGCAACCUGCUGUCCGUGGGGUAUCGGGUCAGCAAACCAGAUGCACUGUCCAAGUUGGAACGAGGGGAAGAACCGUGGACAAUAGAAGAUGAAAUCCACAGUCAAACCUGUCCAGAAACUGGCAACGUUGGUAAUCAUCUGCAGGGUGAAUGGGAAAAUGAAAGAAUGCUGAAAGGUAUAGAACAAUACCAGGAACAUAAUGCAUUUGGAAAUCCUGUUCCUCAAAGCAAAAGUCAUUUCUCUUUCAGGCAAAAUCAUGAUAUGUUUGAGUUCUAUAUGAAAACUUUGAAAUCACAUUUAAGUUUAGUCAGCCAGGGCCAAAGCUAUAAAAUUAAGAACUCUACUAAAUGUAAUGGAGAUGGGAAAUCAUUUCUGCAAUGUAAGCAUGAAGAAUUUCAUUCUCCAGUUCAAUGCCCUGUAAGUGCAAAAUCCAUCAGUAGUAAGUCCCAAGUCAUUAAGCACCAAGGAACUCACAAUGCAGAGAAAGCCCACAUAUGCAGUGAAUGUGGGAAAGCCUUUUUUAAGAAGUCUCAGCUCACUGACCAUCAGAGAGUUCAUACAGGAGAGAAACCUUAUGGAUGCAGUAUGUGUGCAAAAGUAUUCUCCCGAAAGUCCAGGCUCAAUGAACAUCAGAGAAUUCACAAGAGAGAGAAAUCCUUUAUAUGCAGUGAUUGUGGAAAAGUCUUCACCAUGAAGAGCCGUCUGAUCGAACACCAGCGAACUCACACUGGAGAGAAACCUUACAUAUGCAGUGACUGUGGAAAAGGCUUCCCAGGGAAGCGUAAUCUCAUUGUACAUCAGCGAAAUCAUACUGGAGAGAAAUGCUACGUAUGUAGUGAAUGCGGAAAAGGCUUCACUGGGAAGAGCAUGCUUACUAUACACCAGCGAACUCAUACAGGAGAGAAACCCUACAUCUGCAGUGAAUGUGGGAAAGGCUUUACCACAAAGCACUACGUCAUCAUACACCAACGAAACCAUACAGGAGAGAAACCCUACAUAUGCAAUGAAUGUGGGAAAGGUUUCACCAUGAAGAGUCGUCUGAUUGAACAUCAGCGAACUCAUACAGGAGAGAAGCCAUAUGUAUGCAAUGAAUGUGGAAAAGGCUUUCCCAGGAAGAAUAAUCUGAUUGUACAUCAGAGAAAUCACACAGUAGAGAAAUCCUACUUAUGUGGUGAAUGUGGAAAAGGCUUCACCGUGAAGAGCAUGCUCAUCAUACAUCAACGAACUCACACUGGAGAGAAACCCUACAUCUGCAGGGAAUGUGGGAAAGGCUUCCCGUUGAAGAGUCGGCUUGUUGUGCAUCAGCGAACGCAUACGGGUGAGAAACCUUAUAGAUGCAGCGAAUGUGGGAAAGGCUUCAUCGUGAAUAGCGGACUGAUGUUACAUCAGCGAACUCACACUGGAGAGAAGCCCUAUAUAUGCAAUAAAUGUGGAAAAGGGUUUGCCUUUAAGAGCAAUCUUGUGGUACAUCAGCGAACUCAUACUGGAGAGAAACCCUUUACAUGCAAUGAGUGCGGAAAAGGCUUCACGAUGAAACGCUAUCUCAUCGUACACCAGCAAAUUCAUAUUGGAGAGAAGUCCUAUAUAUGCAGUGAAUGUGGAAAAGGUUUUGUCAUGGAAACAGAGCUCAUUUUACAUCAGCGAAUUCAUACUGGAGAGAAACCUUAUGCCUGCAAUGAAUGUGGCAGAGGCUUCACUGUGAAAAGCCGUUUAGUCGUUCAUCAGCGAACUCAUACAGGAGAGAAACCUUUUGUAUGCAGUGAAUGUGGAAAAGGCUUCUCCUCAAAGAGGAAUCUCUUUGUACAUCUGAGAACUCAUAAUGGAAACAAACCUUAACAAAGCAAUGAAUAUAGUCACACCUACAGGAAGAAAAUAUGCCUUGUCCAACAUCAGAAGGUUUCACACAGGAUAAUCUACCUUUAUAUGUACUGACUGUGGAAAAUCCUAUUCAUAAUUGGUAUUGGUCUCAUUACCCACCAGAAAAUUUACACAGGAGACAAACUGUACGUAUGCAAUUAAUGUGAGAAAGCCUUCAACACAAAUUCAGCACCCGUU